UCCAGCUGAAUUCUGAGCUGUGGCAGUGUGCCGAGAGGCUGCAAAUACAGCAGAUGUGUUUGUUGUGAAUUUAAAUGCUGUCUAGACUUUCUUUUACCAAAGCAGUCAUUUGGGCUUUAACCUGUGGAGUUUUCUUAGCCUGGCAUUUUUCAACUAACUCUGCAAAGUGUCCAUAAAGCAGUGCAAAUAAACAGAGAUGAAAUGGAGAAGUCAAGGAACCUGAAGUCAGUGAAAAAUGAGGACCAGUUUUAUCAUCAGGGUGCGGUGGAGUUGUUGGUUUUCAACUUUUUGCUCAUCCUUACAAUACUCACCAUUUGGCUGUUUAAAACCCACCGAUUUCGCUUUUUGCAUGAAACUGGAGGCGCUAUGGUUUACGGUCUUAUCAUGGGAUUAAUUUUACGGUAUGCUACAGCACCAUCUGAUUUUGCAAAGGGGAUUGUCUAUGGCUGCGAGAAGCUCGAAGCUGGUUUGCCCACUUUGCUUGUCAACAUAACAAAUCAAGUGUAUGAGUAUCAGUACAAAAGGGAAAUCAGCCAGCAUAAUGUCAAUUCACACCAAGGCAAUGCCAUGCUACAAAAGAUGACCUUUGAUCCUUCGAUCUUCUUCAAUGUUUUACUACCUCCCAUUAUAUUCCACGCAGGAUACAGUUUAAAGAAAAGACAUUUUUUUCGUAACUUGGGAUCCAUUUUAGCAUACGCUUUUUUGGGGACUGCAAUUUCUUGCAUUGUGAUAGGGUUGGUAAUGUAUGGCUUUGUGAAAGCCAUGGUGCAUCUCAAUCAGCUGAAGAGCGGUGACUUUCAUUUCACUGAUUGUUUAUUCUUUGGUUCCUUGAUGUCUGCUACAGAUCCAGUGACUGUCCUGGCUAUUUUCCAUGAACUUCAUGUUGAUACAGAUCUCUACACACUCCUCUUUGGUGAAAGUGUCCUAAAUGAUGCUGUGGCUAUUGUUCUCACGCAUUCGAUAUCAAUUUACAGUCCCAAGGAGAAUCCCAAUGCUUUUGACGCUGCUGCCUUCUUUCAAUCCGUGGGGAAUUUUCUAGGCAUCUUUGCUGGAUCAUUUGCAAUGGGGUCUGCCUAUGCAGUUGUUGCUGCUUUAUUGACAAAGUUUACCAAGCUGUAUGAAUUCCCCAUGUUGGAAACGGGUCUAUUUUUCCUUUUGUCAUGGAGUGCCUUCUUGUCUGCUGAAGCUGCUGGUCUUACAGGAAUAGUGGCAGUCCUUUUUUGCGGAGUCACACAGGCUCAUUAUACAUACAACAAUCUGUCAGCAGACUCCAAAAUGAGAACUAAACAGUUGUUCGAGUUCAUGAACUUUUUGGCUGAGAAUGUUAUUUUCUGUUACAUGGGAUUAGCGCUGUUCACUUUCCAAAACCACAUCUUCAACGCACUGUUUAUAUUUGGAGCAUUUGUUGCAAUAUUCAUCGCAAGAGCCUGUAACAUAUAUCCAAUUUCUUUCAUUCUCAACUUGGGCCGAAAACAAAAGAUUCCCAGGAAUUUUCAACAUAUGAUGAUGUUCUCAGGUUUACGUGGUGCAAUAGCCUUUGCACUGGCUAUUCGGGACACAGAAUCUCAACCUAAACAAAUGAUGUUUACAACCACCUUACUAAUUGUAUUCUUCACAGUCUGGGUAUUUGGAGGAGGCACCACACCAAUGCUUACAUGGCUCCAAAUCAGUGUUGGUGUAGACCCAGAUGAUGACCUGAAGACUGCACAGGCAAUUCAGGCCCCAAAUAAAAAUACUACCAAAGCAGAAAGUGCCUGGCUCUUCAGAAUAUGGUAUGGUUUUGACCAUAAAUAUCUGAAGCCCAUUCUCACCCAUACUGGUCCUCCACUUACUGCAACCUUACCAAGCUGGUGUAAUCCUGUGGCCAGAUUACUAACUAGUCCUAGAGCAUAUGGGGAGCAACUGAAAGAUGAUGAUACUGACUGCAUUGUCAACAAUGAUGAACUGACUCUGAGUUAUGUAGCCUCUGAUCUUUCACCCAUGCCUCCGCAAAGCAAACCAGAUUCUCCCCAUCAUGGAGGCAAAGAAAACGUUUAUGAAGGAGACCUUGGCUUAGGAGGAUAUGAACUGCAAUCUGAACCUGCUCCAAACCAAUCCCAGUUGGUUUCCUCACCCUGAAGUCCAGAAAAAAAUGUAUAUCACAAGCACAGAGAAGAGACAUGUUUAUUAUGCAGAGUUAGCAAGAAGCUUGAGAAAAUGUAUUAAGGGCAUCAAACGAAAAGAAGCAAAAUCUUGCUGAAUCUAUCCCUGGAGCCCGAAGGAAUGAGAACGUAUUACCAUUCCAUAUAUAUACUACAACUACAUUUAAUUUUUCUGACAGUGGCAGUUUUUAAUAAUGGAAUCGAAGGCAUCAUAUCUCUGCUUCUGGGACAUUACAUAUGCACUCCUGGUCUCUGAUCACUCUUCAUCAUCCACAUUCCUAUCUCACAUGCACACAAAGGCCUUUGUAUAUUAUUCUUCUAAUUAAUUCCAAGAGAGAGGGAAGGAUGGGAAUUGAGCGAACUUGUACAUGCUCCAAAAAUCACAGACACUGUGAUACUGUUCUUCUUUUGCUGUCACACCCUCUUAUGGGGCAAAGUUGACAGGGCUUUUGGAUGCAUUUCUUUUCUCAUUGGUGUUGCUAAAGCUUUCCAAGCCUUUGUCAGUGGCAGCUUGCCAGCAAAGAGUUAAUAAUGCAGCACAUAAAAAUAGGCAUUAAUAUAUUAGCUACAGAUCAAUAAUAGAGAUUUUGAGAUGAUCAUGAUUAAACAUGAUCACCAGUAUAGACAGCAAAUUAUGCUUCUUCCCCCAGUCCAUGUUUUUGUGUGUCUUGUGCAGUCCAUUCAUAAUACAAACUCCAUGCAUUAGCUAGAAGCAAUCGUUUAUCAGAUUCCCCUAUGCUUCAUGUUUAUAUAUGAAAUCCAGGGUGAGAAAAGGCUAGGACUUCAAAUGAUGUGUGCAAAAACAUUUUUGUAAACAAUAAGAGUUUGAAAUCAUCCCAUAACACAGUCAGACUUCUGACCACUGUGCAGGUAGCAUGGGAAAAGGUCACCUGAAUCAUCAUCCAUCAUGAAUAGCAUCCUUGCUCUGCAUAUAGUGAUGUUUAUGAUGGUGCUACAAAGAACUUUAGAUUAUCUACUUGCUUAUUUCACAAUACAAUAUGAAGGCAGGAGAGGUAUAGGAAAGUACUGUCAUGGACUUGUUAAAAAUGCUGUGGAUAAAACUACUGAAUGUCUUCCUGGUAUAAACAACAUGUUUGAGUAGUUUUACAGUGUCCAUAUUCACCCACGAGCUAUUGCAAUGUUACAAUUUACAGACAGCCAUAUCCAUUGCACAAUAGAGUAACUGAUAUGCUAUGGGCACCGAUAGAUAACAUGUGCAUCCAGACACUGGCUAGGAAGUGCCAAAGCAACAACAAGAACCAUCACAAGUACUACAACACAAAAGGAACACCCAAUAUUUAUUGCAGCACUAUAACCAGUGCCUGGAUGAACAUCUUCACAAUUCAUUAACAGAGCUUUAUUGCAGUUCUACAAAUUAACUACAGAUUCAAAACAAAGUCUAUGAUAUAAAAGCAUGGCCAGAUUUCUUAUCCACCCAUAUCUCAUUCUUCAGAUUUAUGUACAUUUUGGCGUUAACUAUUUUUCAGUGUAAAUGGGUUGCAUAGCUUAGUUCUUGAUGUUGUAUCAUGUUCUUCCAAUUGUCAUUAACUUACAGUAGAAAUCUUAUGUAAAACAAUUAUGACAGCUACACCUGAGGAGUUGUGAUGUCCUUUUAUUCAGUGUUAGCACAUGAUUGUUCAGUACUUGUCUACCUACUUCUGCAAGAAGACAUAUACAAGCUGAAUAUUUCAAACAAGUAUCCAAGUUGGUGCCUUACCUCCAUGAUAAACUUCUUAUUCUCUGUUAUACAUCUGGAAACACAAAUAUUGACAAUAAUUCAACCUUUAUUCGAUUUGGUCGAUAUUUUACUGGUUGUUAUGUCUUUUCAUAUUUCUAAACCACCAAGAGGGCAUUUGCUAUUUGGUUGAAAAUUUUAAUUAAGUAAGAACAUACAGUCCCAUGGGAAAGAAGGCUCAUAAAAGAUUUCUCAUGUCAUCAUUUUCCUGUGUAUGAGCUAUGCUCCUUUGUUCAGGGUGGAAUUCUGUAUGUUACAGAUAAUUGCAGAUUAAAUCACAGCAUUCACAAAAUAUCCCAUGCAGAUCUUUAAUAACAAAGAUCACAAUCUGGGGACACAACUUAGUGCUGGAACAGUUCAAGCAAAAUCAAUGCACUCAAAGAUAACUUUAUGAUGAAUUGCUUCUUUCCCUCAGUUCAGGUAUGCAGCCUCAACUUGUUUGAUGCAUAAUUAUGAAGAAGUCGUAAGGGGAACAUUUAUUAUUAGAAAGUUUAUGAAACUCAUAAUGUUAGACAUAUGAAAUCUCUAAGAAUAAAUGUCAAGCCAUCUUGAUGAAACUGUGAAUGAUUGAAAUUGCUACAGAAUAUAAUCAAGUUUUAAUCUUGUUUUCCCAAGUCUAAUUAACUGAAUGUACUUUUGCAGCAACUAUUUCAAGUAUAAAAUGAAAACAAGAACCCAAA